GUCUCCCGCAGGGAGUCCCCGGGUGGCCGCGCUCCCGCGUCGUCCGCUGCUGUUGGGGGACCGGGACGUGCGGGGCCGCAAGGCCGAGCCGGGGCGCCCCCCAGCGGACUGCGCGGGCCCCAUGGCUGGGCCGAGCGGAGCGGAACCGACGAGGUGAAGCCCCCGGGCCGGCAGCCGGAGCGCGUGGCGGGGGCGCCGGCUCCAUGGGCAGCGACGCACAGCGGCACGAUGAUGGACGUUAACAGCAGCGGCCGCCCGGACCUCUACGGGCACCUCCGCUCUUUACCCCUGCCAGAGGUGGGACGCUGGCUGCCCGACCUGAGCCCCGACGGCGCCGGCCCGGUCGCGGGCUCCUGGGCGCCGCACCUGCUGCACGGGGUCCCUGAGGUGACGGCCAGCCCCGUGCCCACCUGGGACGCACUCCCGGACAAUGCCUCCGGCUGCGGGGAGCAGAUCAACUACGGCAGAGCCGAGAAAGUUGUGAUCGGCUCCAUCCUGACGCUCAUCACGCUGCUGACGAUCGCCGGCAACUGCCUGGUGGUGAUCUCGGUGUGCUUCGUCAAGAAGCUCCGCCAGCCCUCCAACUACCUGAUCGUGUCCCUGGCGCUGGCCGACCUCUCGGUGGCCGUGGCGGUCAUGCCCUUCGUCAGCGUCACCGACCUUAUCGGGGGCAAGUGGAUCUUUGGCCACUUCUUCUGCAACGUCUUUAUCGCCAUGGACGUCAUGUGCUGCACGGCCUCGAUCAUGACCCUGUGCGUGAUCAGCAUCGACAGGUACCUUGGGAUCACGAGGCCGCUGACGUACCCUGUGAGACAGAAUGGGAAGUGCAUGGCCAAGAUGAUCCUCUCUGUCUGGCUUCUGUCCGCCUCCAUCACUUUACCACCACUCUUCGGCUGGGCUCAGAACGUAAAUGAUGACAAGGUGUGCUUGAUCAGCCAGGAUUUUGGCUACACGAUCUACUCCACCGCAGUGGCAUUUUAUAUCCCCAUGUCCGUCAUGCUUUUCAUGUACUACCAGAUUUACAAGGCCGCCAGGAAGAGCGCCGCCAAACACAAGUUCCCCGGCUUCCCGCGUCCCGAGGAGCCCGACAGCGUCGUCUCCCUGAACGGCAUGGUGAAGCUCCAGAAGGAGGUGGAGGAGUGUGCAAACCUUUCGAGAUUCCUCAAACAUGAACGGAAAAACAUCUCCAUCUUUAAGAGGGAACAGAAAGCAGCCACCACCUUGGGGAUCAUCGUCGGGGCCUUCACUGUGUGCUGGCUGCCGUUUUUCCUCCUCUCGACGGCCAGACCCUUCAUCUGUGGCACCGCGUGCAGUUGCAUCCCGCUGUGGGUGGAGAGGACAUUUCUGUGGCUGGGCUAUGCAAACUCUCUCAUUAACCCCUUUAUAUAUGCCUUCUUCAAUCGGGACCUGAGGACCACCUACCGCAGCCUGCUCCAGUGCCAGUACCGGAAUAUCAACCGGAAGCUCUCGGCUGCAGGCAUGCACGAGGCCCUGAAGCUUGCCGAGAGGCCUGAGAGACCUGAGCUUGUGCUACAAAACUCUGACUACUGUAGAAAAAAAAGUCAUGAUUCAUGAUCAAAAGCAGAAUAAUGGAGAUGAAAUAAACAAGGCAAGACAGAGGUGGAAAGAGAACGAAAUCAUUUGCUGAGACUUCGGAAUGGAAUGAGGCUUCUGUCCUUUCUUGGGAUGGCUAAAAUGUAACCAGCAAAGUAUACCUGCUGUUCAAAGUAUAUUAUGAGGGGGAUGGUGACCUCUCCUUUUUAUCCUGUGGAUCACUGCUGUUGUGUGCAGAUGAAAACAGCCCAAUCAGCUCAGCAGUAAGCAUGCGCACAGAACUGAGUUCCAGAAAGGAAACAGUUUCUGGUGCUUUGCUUCUGUCCAAGUCCGUGCAAGUGAAGAAAGUUCCCAUGCACGCUUCCCACGCUUCUGAGUCUAGGCCUUGUGGUGAAUAUUCGGGAAUCAUUUAUGAGACAGAUGUAUUUUGCUGUGGGACAGAAGGGUGUUUUCCCCAGCAAACUGCGCUAAGCAUAGAGAUGAAUACCUUGCAUGUUCACGUUAGAAAACAGAACCCCGUCAUCAGCUACUACAAAUGAUCUCCCAGAGCAGUGUCUGUUCAGCUCCUGUCAAACAGUUUGGCUUUUUUGCAGGGUCCCUGUGACGUCCCCACCAGUGUACUUUCUUUGUUAACUCGCUUCUCUCGUUAUGGUGUAACUCAGGAACAUCUCAGGAUGGAGAGAAUCGUAAAACCUGAAUAAAGCUUUUUCUCGCACUCGCUCUUCUUCUGGGGGAUCCUGAGAGGUGAGGGCAGUUCCUCCUGUGAGGAGUUUUCCCUGGAUGAAGAGCGGGGGCUACCUCACCACACCAUAUAGUAACAUGAUUGUUGGCACAGAACUUGUGACUCUUGUUUACACCUGGGCGCAGUGGGCCCACAGGCUGGUCCCUAACUGUGAGGUUUGGGGGAGGAAGUAUGGGAAUAAUGGGGUUUCCAUGGAAGACUGUGACGCUUCUGGAGAUGGAACAUCCACAUGUUAAUUCUCAUUGAGCAGCGUUUUAUUAAACUGUGUGCAUCGGAGGUCACCUGGGCCGGUGUUAGGAACCCUCCAGAAUACCAUUCUGUUCCUUCUGGAGGAUUGGUUUUUGUGUUCUCUGUAUCUUAAAUCAAAUGUGCGCCUGGCCAAUUCUGUUCUUCUCCUCUCCCUCUCCCCAAAGUGGUAGACAUUCAAGGCAGAUCAGGAAACAAAAGAUCCCUUUGUAGAUAGUAUUUUUUUUUUAAAUGGUUCUGUGUAAUAUGUAUGAGCUAGGGGGACAGAAAGACAGUAGAUCAGAGAAGAGUACCUGUAAGGAGACAAAAUGAAUACCAACCUUCAUUUGACAAAAGAGAACUGAAAGAGAAUAUUAUUUUCCUAUAAUAUAUAUAGCUGUUCUCUCACAGGAUAAUGUGGAAUUCCAACGUGGAUGGUGGAUUUCUUCCAACUUUCACUGACAUCGCUUCUUACAACACACGGGGAAGGGUCUGCCUUUCUGAAAAGGGAGGUGGGCACUGUCUUUUCCAACAAAGCUUGUACAAAUUCCUGAACCGCAGAUUUGCUAAAGUAACUGUAAAUACUUAUAUUCAUAAUUUAAAUGAUUAUUUCUGGUCAGAUAAAUGUUGUUAAAUUUGAAAAUGUUUUAUUACAUUACAUCAAAUAAAGUUUAUUUGUAGCUGUAAUAAAGCAACUUAAAUGACUUUUAA